UAUUUUGAUCGUCGUGAUGAUGGCUUCAUCCGGUCUCUGCUACUGCCCUCUUGACAAGAUGUACAACACUGGUAACUGUAGUUAUCGGUUUUAUUGUAUAGGCACAAUCCGAGAUAUAGCUCUACCAGAACAUUGUCAGGGCUCCACCAAUUACCAUGUUAAAGUAGAAGUGUAUCUCUCCGAAGCUGUUAUUGAGAUCAAUAAUAAUAUGGAUACAAGGUUUUUGUAUUCAAUUACAAACUUUAGGGCAUCCGGUGUAUGGCCAAAUACUAGCCUUCCACUUUUACAAUAUAUGCCGCAGCUGCAAACACUUCAUCUUGUUGGUAAUCAAAUAGAAAAGAUUAAUGACGAUCCGUUCUAUACUCUCAGUCAACUGCAAAAACUCGAUUUGUCUCACAAUCGCUUAACUGAUAUCGAAGGUCUUUUUGAAUUCGAAAUAUUACCAAACAGGAUGAAGCAUCUUAAUCUAGCACACAAUGCUAUUCAACAAAUACCUUACGGGGCGUUUGAAGAUUUAACAUCAUUGAUAGAAUUAGAUCUUUCCCAUAAUAGUAUAUCAAAUUUAGACGAAAACUCUUUUGACAAUUUGACAAACUUGGAAACUUUGCGUUUAAAUAAUAACAAUAUAAAACAUCAAAUUGGUGCUUUAAAUGCUUUGGUUAAUUUAACAAAUUUAUAUUUGAAUGGAAACGAGAUAGAAAAUAUUGAUGACGAUUCUUUAGAACUAUUAAAACAUUUGGUAAUUUUCGAUAUCUCACGGAAUAAACUAGAUAUUCUAACACCGGAAAUGUUUUUGAGACAUUGGCAACACUUCGUAGAGCAUUCUAUUUGUGAAAUUAUACUUUCUGAAAAUCAGUUAAAACAUUUGCCUAACGCAACUUCUGUAGAGCUAAUGGAUCGAUUUACUAGACAUGAUCAUCAUAAAAAGAAAAUCGAUGUUCUGACUAAAUUAGAUUUGUCCAUGAAUUCUAUAUCAACUAUUGAGUUUAACGCAUUCCAAUAUUUAGUUCGUUUGAUAUCUCUAAAUUUGUCAUAUAAUAAACUAACGAUUUUUCGAAUUAACGCAGAUGAGCUAACUUACAUUGAAUAUUUAAAUUUGAGUAAUAAUUACAUUACACAACUAAAUUACGAAUGUUUUCUAUCAAUGAACAAAUUACAAAAUUUAGAUUUGUCAUAUAAUUACAUAGAUUAUAUCCCUGAUCUUAUUUUUGUCAAUAAUUAUCAUUUGAAGCACAUUAAUAUGACAUUCAACGGGUUAAAAGUAUUACAAAAUUUUCACAUAAAGAUAUUUCAUUCUGAAGGAGGUAUUUUUGAUUUAUCAAAUAAUGCUAUUUCGAUAUUAAACUUGGCGCUAGGAGAAGGUACGGGUUUAAACAAGUUGAUAUUAAACUCCAAUAAUAUAUCAGAUACUACUAAUAUAGACUUAAAGCACCAAGUUGAUCUUAAGUACAUUGACAUGAGCAAAAAUUAUAUACAGUAUCUAAAUUCAUCAUCAUUAUGCUUACCUAUUAACAUUACUUAUUUGGAUCUCAGUUUCAAUGAAAUUAGUAAAAUAGCUCCUGCAACAUUUAACAAAUUUAAACAACUGAAAGUUUUACGACUGUCUCAUAACGUCUUAAAUGGGAUUCAGUAUGGAAUGUUUCAAGGCCUGGAAGGUCUUCAAAAUUUAAACAUAUCUUACAAUGACAUAGUAUAUUUGGAUUCGAAAGUUUUUGUGGAUUUGAAAUCUCUUUAUAUUCUGUCUAUUGAAUAUAAUAGUAUGAUGUUAUUAGACUAUAAAUGUUGGACUAGUCACAAAUACGAGUUAAAAGUUUACAUAGAUGGCAACAAAUUUACUUGUGAGUGGUUGGGAACAGCUUUGAAUGAUUAUAAUAAUAAUUUCUCCAUGAUGAGACCUCGCGUGCUAAAUGCAGCAAUGAGUGAACCUUCUUUGGAAGGCAUACCAUGUGUACAAAGUGAAAUAGGAGAGAUAGUACAGUUGAGUCCAACGUCUGGUGUAUUGUCUGACUCUGACCGUUUGUUGGCAAUAAAUAUAAAAAUUUUGGAGGCAAUCAAGAAUCAGACAUACGUUUUGAGAAAGUUUAUGUGGCAUUCCUUAUAUGCAGGAUCUAAGAAUAUUUGAGCAUCUAUUAUUUAAAUAUUAUGUUUAAUUUGUUUUGUUUUUACAUAUUUUCUUUUAUUUUAUUAGGUUUACACUAACAUAAUUAUUUUGUGUUGGUUUACCUUGUUGACUUAUUACACGUAGUAAUUAAUUUUCAUAUUUAUGCCAAAUAAGAAUUGAAAAAACAUUUUAUGUGGUUAGUUUUAUUGUCACGGUUAAUUUAGUUUUAUAUUACUUAUUUAGUACUGACUGCCAUUAUCUUACAUUUCUAAGUUUUAUUUUGCAUGUAGUGGUGUUAUAAUCAAUAGUUAAUAAUGUUAUCGGUAUAUGUUUCUAAUUAGAUUCUAAAAGUUAGGGAUUCUAUUCCGAAAUUACAGCUCUAAACAUCUGAAUCAGAAUGACACUUUAGCGAAUAUUGCUUUGCUGUAUCAGACUGAGAUGUUAUAGAAUUUAUAAGAUUAGUAUAAAUUAUAUUGCUUAUGUCUAUACGACGAAUAGCAAUACUUUGCAAUCUUCUCAUUUAUUUGUAGUCAAAUCCAGUGUAAUUACAAUUAUAAUAAUUUAUAAUACGACUAUUUACAAUAGCAUAUUACUAUUUUUUAAUAAUCGUAUUAUAUAAUUUGGUAUAUUUACUCAUGUUUUUUUAAUUAUAUAGAAAAAAAUAUUCUGCUAAUUGAGUAUUGUGUGUAGUGACAUUUAUGUUUAGUUUAAUAUUGUAUAAUUAUAAAGGAUCUUAACUGUAUCUGUUGUAAGUAAAUUCAUAGAUAUUAAGUAUAUUUGGAAUGAAAAUAUUCCAAUUGCUUGUGUACUAUUAAAAUAGUAUAAUCUUUGCUACUUAUGAAAUUGGAAUAUUUUAUCCAGGACAAUUAUAACAAUGACAGUCUGUGUCACUUGUCGUGCUCGUCAUGCGGUUGAAAUGUGAUCAUUAG